CCGAGAUGUGGCUGAAUCCCCCAGGACCGAGCUUGGAAUGGCUCCCCCCACCAUGAGCCCCGUGCCCAGGAUGUUUUUCACCUUGGCCCUGGCCUGCGCCAGCCCCUUCCUGGCGCCCGAGGCCCCGCGGCGGGCGCUGAACGUGGCCGUGGUGCUGAGCGGUUCCUCCUACGGCGCCGCGGGGCCGCGCCUGGCACCGGGGCCGCUGCCGGGCUCCGCCUUCGAGGUGAACCCCAUCGGGGUGGUGCUGAACGGCACCGACCCCCGGAGCCUCAUCCUGCGCCUCUGCGACCUCCUCUCCUCCCUGCCCGUCCAUGGCGUGGUCUUCGAGGACGAUGCCAGCUCCGAGGCCCUGGCCCAGAUCCUCGACUUCGUCUCGGCGCAGACGGCGGUGCCCAUCGUGGCCAUCAACGGCGGCUCCGCCAUCGUCCUCACGCCCAAGGAGAAGGGCUCCACGUUCCUGCAGCUGGGCUCCUCCACGGAGCAGCAGCUCCGGGUGAUCCUGGAGGUGCUGGAGGAGUAUGAUUGGACGUCCUUCGCCGUCCUCACCACCCUGCUGCCGGGCCACGAGGACGUCGUGGACUACGUGGAGGUCCUGACCGAUGGCAGCUUCAUUGGCUGGGAGCACCGCGGCGUCCUCACGCUCAACCUCACUGGGGACCCCGAUGGCUCCCGGCUGCGGCGCCAGCUCCGUGACGUCACCGCGCAGAUCCGGCUCCUCUACUGCUCCCGCGACGAGGCCGAGGCCAUUUUCCGUGCCGCCCACGAUGUGGGCUUGACCGGCCCCGGUUACAUCUGGUUCCUGGUGGGCACCAACCUGGCCGGGAGCAGCCGGCUCCCAGAGCACGUCCCCGCGGGGCUCUUCGCGGUGCUGUCGGCGGGGUGGAGGGACGAGCUCCAGCACCGGCUCCGCAACGGCGUCGCCAUCGUGGCCAAGGGGGCCGAGGCGCUGCUGCGGGACUACGGCUUCCUCCCCGAGUUCAACAGCGACUGCCGGGCGCCCAACGUCACCCACACCAAUGAGAACCUGCACCGGUACUUCAUGAACAUCACGUGGGGACAGAAGGACUUCUCCUUUAACGAGGAUGGGUACCUGGUGAACCCCUCCCUGGUCGUCAUCUCCCUCACCAAGGAGCGGAGCUGGGAGGUGGUGGGCAGCUGGGAGCACCAAAUCCUCCGCAUGAAGUACCCGGUGUGGUCCCGCUACGGGAAGUUCCUCCAACCGGUCGAUGGAGACCAGCACCUGAUGGUGGCCACCCUGGAGGAGCGUCCCUUCGUCAUCGUGGAGAGCAUCGACCCCUCCACCGGCACCUGCAUCCGUGACUCUGUGCCCUGCCGCAAGCAGCUCAACCGCACUUCCAGCCCCACCAUGGAGCUCUUCGAGAAGAAGUGCUGCAAAGGCUUCUGCAUUGACAUCCUCAAGCGCUUGGCGCGCACCGUCGGCUUCACCUACGACCUCUACCUGGUCACCAAUGGCAAACAUGGCAAGAAGAUCGACGGGGUGUGGAAUGGAAUGGUGGGAGAGGUGUUCUAUGGGCGCGCGGACAUGGCCAUCGGCUCCUUGACCAUCAACGAGGAGCGUUCCGAGAUCAUCGACUUCUCCGUGCCCUUCGUGGAGACCGGGAUCAGCGUCAUGGUGUCCCGGAGCAACGGCACCGUGUCCCCCUCCGCCUUCCUGGAGCCCUACAGCCCAGCCGUGUGGGUCAUGAUGUUUGUCAUGUGCCUCACCGUGGUGGCCGUCACUGUCUUCAUCUUCGAGUACUUCAGCCCUGUGGGCUACAACCGGAGCUUGGCCACAGGACAACGUGCUGGCGGCUCCACCUUCACCAUCGGCAAAUCCAUUUGGCUUCUUUGGGCUUUGGUCUUCAACAACUCGGUGCCGGUGGAGAACCCCAAGGGCACCACCAGUAAGAUCAUGGUGCUGGUCUGGGCCUUCUUCGCCGUCAUCUUCCUCGCCAGCUACACCGCGAACCUGGCGGCCUUCAUGAUCCAGGAGGAGUAUGUGGACACUGUGUCUGGCCUCAGCGACCGCAAGUUCCAGCGCCCGCAGGAGCAGUACCCGCCGCUGCGCUUCGGGACGGUGCCGAACGGGAGCACGGAGAAGAACAUCCGGAGCAAUUACCCAGCCAUGCACAGCUACAUGGUGCGCUUCAACCAGCGCGGCGUGGAGGACGCCCUGCAGCACCUCAAGACAGGGAAGCUGGACGCGUUCAUCUACGACGCGGCGGUGCUCAACUACAUGGCGCGCAAGGAGGAGGGCUGCAAGCUCGUCACCAUCGGCUCGGGCAAGGUCUUUGCCUCCACUGGCUACGGCAUCGCCCUGCAGCGCGGCUCCCGCUGGAAGCGCCCCGUUGACCUGGCGCUGCUGCAGCUCCUGGGCGAUGACGAGAUCGAGAUGCUGGAGCGGCUGUGGCUGUCGGGGAUCUGCCACCAGGAGAAGCUGGAGGUGAUGAGCAGCAAACUGGACAUCGACAACAUGGCCGGGGUGUUCUACAUGCUCCUGGUGGCCAUGGGGCUCAGCCUCCUCGUCUUCGCCGCCGAGCACCUGGUGCACCGCGAGCUGCGGCACCGCCGGCACCCGGCCCCACGCCCACGGGCGCUGCUGGCGCUCAGCAGGGGCAUGUACAGCUGCUGCAGCCCCGAGGACUCGUCCCCCUCCUCCCCACCCCCUCCCGACGAGAGGAGCCCCCCCGCCCCCACCCCGCGAACGCCUCCCCGCCGCGGCCCCCCCCGCGGGUUGGGGGUGGGGGGAGGCGGGGGCGACCCCGAGGCGCAGCCGCUGCUCCGCGCCCCCCCCGCCACCCCCCGCGCCCACCUCUGCCGGGGGCACCCCUCCCCCUUCGCCGCCGCCCCCCACCCGUUCUACCACGACCUCUCCGACUCCGACAACAACGAGGAUGGGGAUGGUUCCCAUGGCAACAACAAAGAUGGGGAUGGUUCCCAUGGCAACAACGAGGCUGGGGAUGGUUCCCAUGGCAACAACGAGGCUGGGGAUGGUUCCCAUGGCAACAACGAGGCUGGGGAUGGUUCCUAUGGCAACAAGGAUGGGGAUGGUCCCCACGGCGACAAGGAUGAGGAUGGUCCCCAUGGGGAUGAAGGUGACAACACGGUGACAGCAGCACCCAAGGGAUGCCUCUGA